UUUUUAAAAUGAAAUUGAAAAAAAAGAAAAGAAAAAAAAAAGAUGAGAAUUGUUUUACGAGGCGAGCACCCGUUUCUUCACCCUUUCCGUAGCAUCACCAAAUCCUUGUUCUUCUUCAACUCUUCAAAGUGUUCCGCUAAAACCCUACCCAUUGUAUCAUCAAAAAAAACGCAAGGGCUUUUGCGUUGCAUAGCUAUGGCGAGCACUACUACUACUACUACUACUGCACCAGUGGUUCAUCAAGUGAAGGAGAGAAUUGAACUGACCGAGAUCGAGCGAAAAAUCUUCGACAGACUUCUCGCCACUAAUCGCCACUUCGGCCUCACCAAUCAGCUCCGGGUCGCCGGCGGCUGGGUCCGCGACAAGCUAUUGGGUAAAGAUUGCUACGACAUUGAUAUAGCACUGGACAAUAUGUUGGGAAGUGAAUUUGUUGACAAAGUGAGGGACUACUUGUUGUCUACCGGAGAACAAGUCCAAGGUGUUGCUGUUAUUCCAUGCAAUCCUGAACAGUCCAAGCAUUUAGAAACAGCAAGGAUGCGACUCUUUGAUAUGUGGAUUGAUUUUGUAAACCUGCGGUCUGAAGAGUACAGUGAUAAUAGCCGCAUUCCUACAAAGCAAAAAUUUGGCACAGCAGAAGAGGAUGCAUACAGAAGGGAUUUAACCAUUAACAGCUUGUUCUACAAUAUUAACACUGAUUCAGUUGAAGAUUUUACUCAAAGAGGCAUUGCAGAUCUAAAAUCUGGAAAGAUAGUGACCCCUUUACCUGCGAAGGCUACUUUUUUGGAUGAUCCAUUGCGAGUACUUCGAGCUAUCCGUUUUGGUGCAAGAUUUGGGUUCCUAUUAGAUGAGGAGCUAAAGAAAGCUGCUUCCUGUGAUGAAGUGAAAGAUGCUCUAGCAGCUAAAAUUAGCAGAGAGCGCAUCGGGGUUGAAAUUGAUCUCAUGAUCUCUGGGAAUCAACCAGUUAAAGCAAUGACAUAUAUUUGUGAUUUGACGUUAUUUUCAAUUGUCUUCAGUCUUCCUCCCAAUUUUGAGCCUGCCAAGACAGAAAACUGUGAUAGGCUUUGCAUCACUUACUUAGAUGCCACAUGGAAUCUCAUUCAAUUGAUUGGGGACUCUACUUUCAAUGAUGAACAACGAAGGCUGUCUUUGUACGCUGCCUUGUUUCUCCCACUUAGGGAGACCAUAUAUAAAGAUAACAAGGCCAAAAAGAUACCUGUUGUCAACUACAUUUUCCGGGAGUCUCUUAAGAGAAAAGCCAGUGAUGCUGAGACAGUUGUAAAUCUACAUAGUGCAUUGGAAAAAUUCUUAUCUUUGAUUCCUUUCCUUGAGUCUGAUGGGGACAUCGAACUCAUUGAAGUUGACUGGGGAAAAGGAUUGGAUGAUGUCCCUCUUAAUUCAAAACUUCGGGUACUGACAGGGUUACUUCUACGAGAAAUCAAAGAUUUUUGGCGAGUGGCCUUGUUGUUGUCUACGUUGUUAUAUCCCCCUGAUGUUAAUUGCACUGAAAAUUUUCCAAAGCAGUACUUUCAAUUGGACAAGCAAAGAGAUCUAUUUAAGGCAGUUGAAAGUGCCAUUACUAAACUAGGUCUUGAGAAAGUGUGGGUUGUAAAACCAUUGGUCAAUGGGAAGGAUAUCAUGAGCAUCCUGCAACUUAAAGCUGGAGGACCACUUAUUAGGGAAUGGCAACAAAAAUUGCUCGCGUGGCAGCUUGCCCAUCCUGACGGAACUAUGGAGGAAUCCAUGGAUUGGAUGAGGCAAGCCCAUUCUAAGCGUGUAAAGACACAGUAAGUACUGGUUCUUUGAGAUGUUCUCAAUGUGAAUCUCAUCAGGCCUGAUCAGUGAGAGCACUAAUGGCUUGCACUGAAAGAAGCUCGGCUGCUAGUUGCCAGAAAUUGCUGAGACACGGUGUGCUUCCCUGAUGGAUUUUUUGUGAAUUAAAGCUACUCCGGUUAUUGAGUUAGGGGUGCACCAGCACUACUGCCAUGUUUGAGUUAGCAAAAUGCACAAAAUAUGUACCCUUUUCUUCUUUUACCCCUUUUUGGAAUUUUAUUUUUUGGUAGGAAGAUGCACUUAUUUUCAUCGGUUAUUAUUAUCAGUGGUGAGGUUAUGGCUCGGAAAAAUAUGAUGUAUUCACCAUUCACAGUAUAUGCACUCUGUCAUGCGGAUGUGCUGAUAUUUAAUACAAACAUGCAAGUGCUCUAAAGAAUCUAUGAUUUAAGCCUA